AGUUUACUAUUGAUACUUCAAAUGUGUCACAUAUUCUGUCUUAAUUUCUUGUAAAGAAGGAAAAGACGUUCAUAGAAAGCAAAAUAAGAUUUUUUUCAGACGAAAAUAAGUUUGAAUCUUCAACCACUAACAUUGAAAAACGAAAAAGAAGAGAAAACACUGGGUUUCUUUUGGCUUUUAUAUACAAUCGAUUUGGAAAUAGUAAAUUUUUUUGCUUAUUCGCAGAAGAAUUGGAGAAAUAGCUUCUAACAACAAAAUUUGUUUACUGGCAGUAAAAAGUACUCGAACCGCGAGGCGAGAAUUUUUCUCGUUAUACUUGUUAGCUCGUUGGCAGGCUGACCCGGCUGACUGACUCAGCUAUCUGGUAUCACUAAUGAAGAUACUGUGGGGAGAGAUGAGAUGACAACAGUAACUACCUGACGUCUUCAGUUGGAAAGAAGCUAGUAUCUUAGUCAUGGAGAAACCAAUGGAGCUAUGGGAAUUGGACAAAUUUCUAGAUAAUGCUAUAUCUGAGAAUUGUCAAGUGAUCAACCUAAGCCACAGAGGCUUGACAAUUGUUACUGAUCGCCUACAAAAGGCGAAAGAUACGAGGAUUCUGUUAUUGAACCAUAAUAAGUUGCUGAUGCCACCAGAAGAAUUGUGUUCUCUUUCCAGCCUCACAGAGCUCAUACUGGAUAACAACAUGCUUACAAUGUUUCCAUCAGGUAUCAGCUCAUUAUCACGUCUUCGUGUUCUGUCAGCAUCACACAAUCCAUUUGUGGCUUUACCUGAGGACCUGGGUCAGCUGGUAUCCUUACGCUGUCUGUGGCUGGUUGAAUGUCAGCUGGUCUCGAUCCCUUCUAGCCUAGGAAAUUUGAGACGGCUCAAAACCCUAGGGCUAGGACAUAAUGAAAUCAGUGCCAUUCCAGAAGAACUGUGUGAAUUACAGUGCUUGAUGUGGCUGGGUUUAAACAAUAACCACAUGAAAGAACUGCCAUCGAAUAUAGGUCGGCUCUCAGAGUUAGUAUACUUAAAUCUGAAUGACAAUCGCUUUAGUUCAGUUCCAAUAGAGCUGCAGGAACUUCCUAGUCUGGUUUCAUUAUUCAUAAGGAGAAACAGCAUAAACAGUCUUCCUGAGGAUACCAUUCUGGCCUUGUCUUUUCUUUCAUAUUUGGACAUUAGAGAAAAUGGGAUCCACAGAAGACCAGAGGAAUGGAAGGGACUGGACUUUAUACUAGUUGGAACUGAUGAAGAUAAUGAAAAUGACUGAAAGAGGAAUUCGACAUAGUGUACUCUAUGUCAAGUAAUAAAUGACGGUAUGGGAGUAUAGUUAAAACAUUUGGAGUGAUCUCAGUCUGCGUGUACCUUUGAUGCCUUUAUCAAAUAAAAAUUCAUUGUGUCAAGGCUAUCCAUCCACUUUAACUUCAGCUGGCUAAUCCUUGUAUUAUUGAGUGGUUGGUACAGCCUUACAGAUGCCAUAAAUAGACUUGGAAUUACCGUCUAGCACACACAUAGCAAACACACUUACUAGUGAAGCAUGCACACACUGAACAAUUAUACAUGAAGUAAAUUCUUUGUAUUUAAAACAAGUACGUAACGAAGUUGGAACGUAUCGAAAGAUUUUUGCUCCCCGCUUCUUUAACUAUGUGCGUGCUAGACUAUAUAACAAUUGUUCAUAUUAUUUUUAUGGAGUUAAAAGAUAAGAGUAGAUCAAAAAUAAUUUUCAACUGGAGAUUGAUAAAUGGUUUAUUUUCGAAUGAGCAUUGUAAAUUUAAAGACAAACUUCUUUUGUUUUUCCACUCUUACUUGUGAUUGUACAGACCACAUGAAAUGACAAGGGCUGUCGUCAAGGUAGUAAAUGAUAACUGAUGGGUUUAUGUUCUUCUCUAUGGCUUGAACACAUGUACUCCUUCGUUAGGGAGCUUUGAAAAUGAUGUACCUCUGUAUAGGUGUUCCUUCACUUCAUUAAAUUUAUUGAGCUUUGACCUGAGGCUUUUGAAUCUUGCUAUCAUUGUUUCAGUUGUUUGUUAAAAUAGGAGCAAAUUCAGAUUUUGUGAUUUUAUUUCAAAGGGCUACAAGAACUGUUUGUAAAUUCAUAGAGGUUGGGUCUUUCAAAUUAACAAUAGUGACUGCUUGUUAGACAAUAUAAUUUCUCAUAUUAAACGCCAAUAUUUUGAGUAUUGAGCUUAUAUUUUUACUCUUCGUGACUUUUGUAGUUUGAUUCUUCAGUUUUGGUGGUAUCAUAAAUGCUUUUUAUUUCAUUUUUCUUUGAGUACAUAGAGGAAAUCAAAUACAAAUGACAUUUUUAUAUGUUAAAUCAUGGCAAUCACUCACAAGAAAUACUCACAUAGGUCUAUAUGAUGUAGGUUUAUCAUCAUUAACAAAGGUAUACCAUGUGUGAAUUGCCUUAUAUUUUUCAUUAGAUUUUUUAGGGAAAACCGCAAUGAUGUUGUGAAAUUCUGUACCCUCUUUGCAACUUGAAAGAUACUUUUUUUGCUUAUUUUUUUAAAAAGCCUUUUUUAAAAAAACAUAUUUGUGAGGCAUCCUGGUGAAAUCAGGCACUUGUCAAGACAAUGAAAUUGCAGAAACAGGCAUUUUUCCGCCA